AUGGUAGUCCGGCCGCCCUUCCUGUUGUCCCACGGCACCACCACGCUGGCCUUCCGGUGCGACCACGGCGUGGUGGUGGCGGCAGAUACCCGCUCCUCCUGUGGUGGCCUCGUGUCGGAUCCGGCCUCCCGGAAAGUCAUGAUCCUCCAUUCUCACCUCCUAGCGACCACAUCUGGGACCUCGGCCGACUGCGCCACGUGGCUCCGGCUUCUGCGCUGCUCUUUACGCCUGAGGCAGCUGCAGGAAGGACGACAGCCCAGCGUGGCCGGGGCGGCCAAGCUGCUGGCUUUCCUGCUGCGUGGAUGCCGCCACCGAGACCUGUGCGUGGCUACUCUGCUCUGUGGCUGGGACCACACAGGGCCCAGCUUGUAUUACGUCUACAGUGAUGGGACCUGUCUUUCUGGGGACGCCUUUUCUGUCGGCUCCGGGUCCCCCUACGCUUACAGCGUGAUCGAUGGGGCCUAUCGCUAUGACCUGCCACGGGACGAAGCUUUCCUGCUGGCCCGCCAGGCUGUAGGCCACGCCGCCCACCGAGACGCCUACUCCGGGGGCAACGUAGAUCUGUACCACGUCCAACCAACGGGCUGGGUCUGCCUCUCCCGGGAAGAUCUGAGCGAAGUCUAUCGUGGCUUGAGGCCAACGGUGUACGAGGAAAAGGAUGACGAAUACGAGGAAAACCGAGAAGACACGACUGCUCUGGACUGA